GUUAAAUUAUAAGAUGAAUAGUCAAUAUUUAAAGUCGUAUUGAAAAAUCUGGCAACUACUUUUUAACAUAAUUUCAUGUAUUAUAAUUUUUCGCGUUCGGAGGAGUGCAUACAAAUAAUUAAUUGCAUCUUAUGACAUAGACUUUCAUUAAAAACGAAUAGUAAUAAAAAUGUCAGUACCACCGAAGUUUGCUGGCACCGGACUAGAAGAAGUGAAUAUUCCUGGCCAAGCAUACCUGAGGGAAGCUCUCACUUCAUGUACCGAUCCGUUGAAAGCGAUUGAAAGUUUUCAGCUGGAAAAUGGUGUACUUUUGCCAUCACUACGUCCAAUGCUGCCGUUACUUGACUUGCAUGGGGUGCGUCGUCUGGAUUUCCAUACAUCCCUGAUGGAGGAGUUGCGGGAAAAGCUAAUUGCUCAUAUUAAUGAAUUAGGACAAAAGGAUCCACGUGAACGCGAUAAAAAGCUAAGAGAAUUGUUGAUUAAAAGUUUUCCCGUUGUGCGCGUUAAGGCUCUACGCCCUGUUGUAAUGGCAAUUUUGCGGAACACGCAACAUAUUGACGACAAGUAUUUGCGAAUACUUGUACGAGAUCGCGAACUCUAUUCGGACACGGACACAGAAGUAAAACGCCAGAUUUGGCGAGACAACCAAUCGCUCUUUGGUGAUGAAGUCUCACCACUUCUAUCGCAGUACAUUCGUGAGAAGGAACACGUAUUAUUCGAUCAUACCAAUUUGAACAAUCUAUUCUUCCAUCCCUCGCCCAAGGUUCGUCGUCAAGGUGAAGUGGUGCAAAAGUUGGCGAAUAUGAUUGGGCAAAGUGUUAAACUGUACGACAUGGUGUUGCAGUUUUUACGAACACUAUUCUUACGUACCCGUAAUGUUCAUUAUUGUACACUGCGCGCUGAAUUAUUGAUGGCACUACAUGAUUUAGAGGUGCAGGAAAUUAUCUCAGUCGAUCCAUGUCAUAAGUUUACUUGGUGCUUGGACGCUUGCAUUCGAGAGAAAAAUGUAGACAUAAAAAGGUCACGCGAGUUGCAAGGUUUUCUAGAUAAUAUAAAGCGUGGCCAAGAGCAGGUCUUAGGUGAUUUGUCUAUGACCUUAUGCGAUCCGUACGCCAUCAAUUUUCUAGCAACAUCAGCAAUAAAAAUUUUACAUCAUUUGAUCAAUAAUGAAGGACUACCGCGAGAUAAUACCAUUCUCAUUUUACUAUUGCGUAUGCUUGCGCUGGGAUUGAGUGCAUGGGUAAUGAUCGAUUCUCAAGAUUUCAAGGAACCAAAACUUGAUUGUCAAGUGGUUACAAAGUUUCUGCCUGCAUUAAUGUCACUCAUGGUGGAUGAUCAAUGCCGUAGUUUGCAUUCGAAACUACCACCAGACGAGCGUGAAUCGGCACUUUGUACCAUUGAGCAUUCAGGUCCAGCACCAGAUGCUGUUGAGGCUUAUAUACAGGAGAGCUCCGUAGCCAGUAUAUUGGCCAUGUAUUAUACCUUACACACGGCGCGCCUAAAAGACCGAGUUGGCGUUUUACGUGCAUUAGCAAUAUUAUCUGCAUGCAAGGACGAUCGCGCAUACGAGGAUCCCUUUCUACAUUCACUCAUCGCUUUACUUAUUCCAAUGGCUGAUGAAUUUUCUGCUGAAGAUUUCUGCACAACACUUUUCGACGAGUUCCUUUUCGUUGGCUUGACUCGUGACAAUGUCACCCGCCAUAUGUUGAAGCUUUUGUGGUAUGUGCACAAUAAAUUGCCGCCAGGCAGAUUGACCACGCUCAUGAAAGCUAUACAGCCCACAACGGGCCAUAACGAGACCGUUCACAAGUUAUAUGAGACACUGCAGGAACGAAUUGGUACAACCAUACAUGAGGGCCCAAUGCCGGAGCAGCAAGAAGUAGAUUUCGAUUCGCCCUUAAAGAGUGUACCCACUCCAGGGCCGGCUUAUAUGCAGUAGAUUUUAGAUAUUUUUUAUAAUAUACGCUUUUUUUUGUAAUAAAAUAACCAGACAAAUUUAAUUUAA